CUAGUGAUUGUGGAAUCGCCCAGCAAAUGCCAGACGAUUGCCAAAAUUCUAGCCACGUACGUCAAGGACAACUCUCUGGCAUACGAUUUUCAAGUCUCGUCCUCCAUGGGACACAUUCGGAAUCUGCCUAAAUCAGACACUUCUAAGAAGAAAAAGGAGAACCAAAUCAAGCCUAACGGAAAGUUCCCCUACACGAUCGCCGGUAUCGAUCUUGAGAACGGCUAUCAACCGGAGUACGUCUUGUUACCAGGCAAGGGACCGUUGGUUAAAGAGUUGCAGCACCUCGCUGCCAAUGCGGAACUUGUACUACUUGCUACCGAUCCUGACCGGGAGGGCGAAGCUAUUGCCUGGCAUUUGACGCAAGUCUUGGAUUUGGCGCCGUCUCGGUAUCAGCGUGUGACCUUUACCGAGAUUACCCCGUCACGAAUUCUCGAAGCGGUCAAGUCGCCAGUGGAGUUGAACACAAAUCUGGUCCACGCACAGGAGACUAGGCGGGUGCUCGACCGUCUGGCAGGCUAUACCGUAUCACCCGUGCUUUGGAAAAAGAUUGCGCCAGGCUUGUCGGCCGGACGGGUCCAGUCCGUUGGUAUGGCCAUGGUUGUACAACGCGAGCGUGAACGGUUGUGCUUCGAGACCACGCCGUACUGGAAUAUCAAGGCAGUAUUGGGCAAGGACUUUUCGCCACAGGGGCAAAUUUUACGGCCUGGGUCGUCCCAUAAGCGACAUUUAUUAGAAGGGGAUGCGAACGAACUCGUCAAGGUGCUGAGCGACGCCGAGUUUACUGUAAUUCAAGUCAAGUCCACAACACGCAAGCAGCAGCCACCGCAACCGUUCAAAACGUCGACACUUCAACAAGAGGCGAACCGUCGCUUGGGAAUGGCAGUUCAACAAACUAUGCGUGUGGCGCAACAACUGUACGAAGAAGGUCUCAUUUCCUACAUGAGAACCGACAGUACGCAUCUUUCGGACGAUGCCGAAUGUGCAAUUGGUGUGAGUGUGAGGGGGCAAUUUGGGCCAGAUCGACUUUGGGUAGGAUCGUCCAAGACCAAGCGCAAGCCAAAGGAUUCCAAAUUCGCGCAAGAAGCGCACGAAGCCAUUCGACCAGCGCUUCAACCAGACGGAAUAUUUCUAGAGCCAAGAUAUCUGUUACAAAAAGUAGCCUUGUCCGAUCAAGCUGAAAGGCUGUAUACAAUGAUCUACCAACGAACGUUGGCGUGUCGAAUGCCGCCGAUAGCAACCAACCAAACAUCUGUUCUGAUUGCAGGCGUACAAGAGGGGACGACGGCUCAUUUUCGAGUUAGUGGAAGCGUAGUAAUCGAUCCUGGAUACACUCUGGCCUACUGUCGAGAUGCCGAGGAAGAAAACGAUGAAGCAUAUCUUCCUGCCUUGAGAGAGGGGCAAAUAUUGAAUGCAGGAGAGAUUUUGGCGGUGGCCCAUGAAACACAGCCACCACCCCGCUAUAACGAAGCGAGCUUUGUGAAAGAACUAGAAUCUCUAGGAGUGGGACGGCCCAGUACAUAUUCUGGUAUAGUGCAAAUUCUACGUGAUCGUGCAUAUGUC